AGCGUGGCGCUUGGUUAACCUUUUGCCUGAACGUGGUGUAUCCUGCCAUUCUGUCCUACAAAUUUCAUGUGCCACUUCCCAGUGUGUGUGUUUGGGGGAUUUCCCGCGGCCUUCUCGGUACAUGGAUCUGAUCUUCUUCAUGUCCUUCAUCGUCCCAGAUAUACGGUUGAAUCCAUGCUUUCAGACUAUGACAUCCUUUCUCAGUCUAGUAUCCAGCAACACUCACUGAAGAAGAGGGACCUCCAGCCUGAGACACAUGUAGAAAGACUCUUAAGUUUUUCAGCUCUGCAAAGGCACUUUAAAUUAUACUUAACUGCAACUACUGAACACUUUUCAGAAAAAUUUCAAGCAUUAAUUGUGGAUGGUGAAGGCAAGGAGAAGGAGUAUCGUGUUCAAUGGCAAGACUUUUUCACUGGACAUGUCGUUGGGGAGCAUAACUCCAAGGUUGUGGCACAUAUUGGGGAUGAAGACUUCACAGUAAGAAUCAAUACUGAUGGAGAAGAAUAUAAUAUAGAGCCGCUCUGGAGAUUUGUAGAUAACGUGCAAGACGGAAGGCUGCUGGUCUACAGAUCUGAAGAUAUUAAAGAUUUCUCACGAUUGCAGUCCCCCAAAGUGUGUGGUUAUUUAAAGCUGAACGAAGAAGAACUGUUGCCGAAAGGACUGGAAGAUAGCAAGCAAAAUGAAGCAAGUGUCCAUCGGGAGAAAAGAGCCAUUUCAGAGAGUUCAAAAAACACCUGCAAGAUGUUGGUAGUAGCAGAUCAUCGCUUUUUCAAGUAUAUGGGCCGUGGGGAAGAGAGUACUACUAUAAACUAUUUGAUUGAAUUGAUAGACAGAGUAGAUGACAUCUACCGAAAUACUUCCUGGGACAAUGGGGCCUUCAAUGGGUACGGCAUACAGAUAGAGCAGAUUAUCAUCCACAAUGAACCAAAUGCUGUAAAGCCUGGAGAUAAGCAUUACAACAUGGCAAAAAGUCACCCAGAUGAUAAGAAGGAUGCCUGGGAUGUGAAAAUGCUGCUAGAGCAAUUUAGCUUUGAUAUUGCUGAGAAAGCAGCUCACGUGUGCCUUGCUCAUCUCUUUACAUAUCAAGAUUUUGAUAUGGGAACGCUUGGAUUGGCUUAUGUCGGCUCUCCCAGGCCUAACAGCCAUGGUGGCAUUUGUCCAAAAGCUUAUUACAGUCAAAUUGCCAAGAAAGACAUCUAUCUGAACAGUGGCUUAACCAGCACCAAGAACUAUGGGAAAACUAUCCUCACAAAGGAGGCAGACUUGGUUACAACUCAUGAACUGGGACAUAACUUUGGAGCAGAGCAUGAUCCUGACAGUCUGCCAGAAUGUGCCCCCACUGAAGACCAGGGAGGGAAAUACGUUAUGUAUCCAAUCGCUGUCAGUGGAGAUCAUGAAAACAACAAGAUGUUCUCAAGCUGCAGCAAAAAAUCCAUCCAUAGGACCAUAGAGAUCAAGGCUCAGGAGUGCUUCAAAGAGCGCAACAACAAAGUGUGUGGGAACUCCAGGGUGGAUGAAGGGGAAGAAUGCGAUCCCGGCCUCUUGUACCAACAAGCUGAUCCCUGCUGCUCUGCAGACUGCAAACUGAAAGAUGGUGCCAAGUGCAGUGAUCGGAACAGCCCCUGCUGCAAAGGCUGCCAAUUUGAAAGUGCACAGAAAAAAUGCCAAGAAGCCAUAAAUGCCACUUGUAAAGGAGAGUCUUUUUGCACUGGGAACAGCAGUGAGUGCCCUCCUCCAGGGAAUGCUCCGGAUGACACGGUUUGUGUGGACAUGGGGAAGUGCAAGGAUGGGGAGUGUGUCCCUUUCUGUGAGAGGGAGAGGAACCUACGGUCGUGCGCGUGUAAUGAAACUGAUAAUUCCUGCAAGGUGUGCUGCCGGGACGAGCAGGAUAGGUGUAUCCCGUACGUCGAUGCUAACAACCAGUUCCUGUUCCUGCGCAAGGGGAAGCCCUGUACUGUGGGCUUCUGUGAUACAAAUGGCAAAUGCGAGAAGCAAGUACAGGAUGUGAUUGAACGAUUCUGGGAUUUCAUAGACCAACUUAGCAUCAAUACUUUUGGGAAGUUCCUAGCGGACAAUAUAGUGGGCUCUGUGCUCGUCUUCUCCUUACUUUUUUGGAUUCCUCUCAGCAUCCUUGUGCACUGCGUGGACAAGAAAUUGGACAAGCAGUACGAGGAGAACACAAAGUCUCUCUUUUGUCCCAGUAACGUGGAGAUGCUCAGCAGCCUGGACUCGGCGUCCGUGCGAAUUGUCAAGCCCUUCCCCACGGCACAGUCGACAAGCCGACACCAGCCGCUGCAGCCUGUUGUGGCGAUGCCAGUAGUAGCUGCGGCACCGAAACAGGACCACCAAAGAAUGGACACUAUUCAGGAAGACCCCAGCACUGACUCUCAUAUUGAUGAAGACGGGUUUGAGAAGGACCCUUUCCCAAAUAGCAGCUCGGCUGCCAAAUCUUUUGAGGACCUGACGGACCAUCCUGUCACUAGGAGUGAGAAAGCUUCGUCUUUCAAACUCCAGCGCCAGAACCGAGUGGACAGCAAAGAAACAGAAUGCUAGUGUCUUGCUGCCUUCUAAAUGUAUGACUUGUGUGUGCAAAAUAAGUUCAUUUGGAUCUAAAACCAUUUCAUUCAUAUAAAUACAUGUGUAUAUAUAUUUUUGUGAGGGAGUGGGCGAAAUAAGGAAGUGACCUACUGCAGAUGCUGGUCAUGUGUAUGACCUUCCUUAAAUUACAUUUAUUAGAGCAUUAUAUCUUCUAAAAACAAAAAUCCAAACUAGAACUAGCUUGUUUUUGAAGCUUUUGGAUUUGUUUUUCUAUUUUCUUGACCUUUAACAUUUCC